UUAGGGUCGGACUCCCAUUGGAGUAACCGGAGGAGAACGGCUGCCUAUCGUCUAAAAACUCGCUGGAAAACAACGUGAAAUCUCUCGGAUACAUUCAGGAAACAGCGGCUGUGGGAGUCUGAAUCCACGCUGGACACCAGAUAAGAUCCGUAUUGAUUUAUUUUCGGCGAACUGAUUGAUCACGGACUGCGUGUUUUGGAAACGCACGCACACACAGUCACAGGUUGCUAGCGGAGUUAACGCUAACCUAGCUAGCCGAGUUAGCUAGCUGCGGUUAGCUGUGUUCUCCCUUCACCCGGGACUCCAACCAGCCGGGGUGAACUUAAAACAACUGUGAGACAUUUUCCAGACAGUCUGCUGAAUGAUUCAGGCAUGAUGUGGUGUUUUUUGGGACGUUUAUCAAGUUGGCCGGCUGGAAGCAUCGGCUGACUGAAGCCUAGCGAUAGUCUCUCUCUCUCUCUCCUCUCGACCUGGAUUUUACUCCUCUGUGUUUUUUUCCUUCUUUUUUUCCACUGCUGUUUUUGGCUGUUUUUUUAAAGGUGGACUUUGCCCUCGGGGUGUUGUAACUCUCCCCUGUAUUAAAUCGAAAAAAGCCUCCAUUGAGUCUUGAGUUGGAGUAUUUCUAAAGUUGGCUGCAAGUUUUUUGGGGGGGGAGGUAAAAAAAAGUUUGGGAAGUUGAGGAGGAUUUUUCCGAGCCUGUGGAAAAAUGGAUGCGGGUAUAGAGAAGGAAUGCAGCGCCUUGGGAGGGCUCUUCCAACUCAUCAUGAACGACAUGAAGGCCAGUUAUCCAACAUGGGAGGACUUUGUAACCAAAGGAGCCAAGCUACAAUCACAGCUCAGGACGACCAUCGUGGUGACCGGAGCCUUCCUGGAUGCUUUUCAGAAGGUGGCAGACAUGGCGACAGGGACCAGAGGUGCCACCAAGGAGAUUGGCUCAGCGCUGACCAGGAUGUGCAUGAGACACCGCAGCAUUGAGUCCAAGUUGAAACUGUUCACCACAGCUCUCUCAGAGGGUCUCGUCACUCCGCUGGAGUUGAAGAUGGAGGAGUGGAAAAAAGUGGCCAGUCAGCUGGACAAGGACCAUGCUAAAGAGUACAAAAAGGCUAGAGCAGACAUCAAGAAGAAAUCAUCAGACACCAUCAAACUGCAGAAGAAGGUGAAGAAAGGGAAGGACGAGGCACGGGGACAGCUGGACAGCGCGUUGCAGGACGUCAACGUGCGUUACGCCGUCCUGGAGGAGACGGAGAAACGCGCCGUAUGCAGAGCACUGAUUGAAGAAAGAGCGCGUUACUGCAGCUUCGUCAGCAUGCUGAAGCCUGUACUGGACCAUGAGAUCAACAUGCUGGGUGAGGUGACCCACCUGCAGACCAUCCUAGAAGAUCUGACCAACCUGACAGCUGAGCCCAAUAAACUCCCACCAGCCAGUGAGCAGGUGAUUUUGGACCUGAAAGGCUCUGAUUUUAAUUACACCUAUCAGACACCUCCAGCUUCUCCCAGUAACACUCUGUCCAGGAAGAGCAGCAUCAGCAGUAACUACCAGUCUGGAUCAGUGAGACACGUUCCCUCCUUGGACUCCAUCAGCUGUGCUGUCGAUGGAGUACACAUCCAGGAUCCAGUCGGCUCCACCAAUCAGCUUGCUGCUGGUGGGAGCGGAGGGGCAGAGAACGGCCUGUUGGCCCCCCCACACAAUGCUUACUCACACCAUGGAGAGAGAGCUCGAGCCAUGUCUGCGUCUGGGAAGUCUUGCUCGGCCCGGGAUCAGCUGGCGUUGACGCUGGGAGCGUUGAAUUCGGACGCUCCGAGGAGCAGCAGGGACUCUCUGCACUGCUCCAGUGGCUACAGCACUCAGACCACCACCCCGUCCUGCUCUGAGGACACCAUACACACACACACUGUAAAGAGAGAUCCUCCACUCUAUGUCGACUACGAGUCCAUCUCUCUCCACGGAGACGCCGACUCCAUCUCCUUACAUCACCUUUCCCACGGCAACAGCCAGUCAGACUUCGACAAGUCUUCGACCAUCCCGAGAAACUCCGACCUCAGUUUCCAGUACAGGAAGUAUGCCCAGUCUAAGCGCCCCGCCUCCACCGUCAGCCUACUGGCCGAGCCUGAGUUGCUCGGCAGGUCCGCCCGCCAGCUGCCGUCCCACACGGCAACCAUCAGACGCAAACCGUCAUCAAAGCCGCAGUUCCGCAGGGGCACGAUCAGCGGGGGGGUUCCCAUCCCCAUCAGCACCCCGCAGGUUCCUCUUAAAGCGCUUGCAGGAAAUGGCGGGAGUGAUGAGAAUGUUUUCUCAGUGCCCUCAGCUGGAGGAGGUUUAGGUUACAGUAAACUCUGCACCUCCACGCAGAGCCUCAGUGCCUUACCUCCCUCCUCCUCCUCCUCCCCAUACUACCAGCUGGUCCCAGGUCAGAUGCCAAUACCGGUGCCUGUACCCACUGUACCCUCCCUGCCACCAGAGGGCAGCAACGCCAAACAGCAGCAACAGAGACAGUACCAGCAACAGCAGCAAUUCAACCAACAACUAAAUCAUCAGCAGCAACGCACUCAACUACAGCCGCACAACCAGCAACUCCAGAUUCAGCAGCAGCAGCAAUAUCAUCAGCAGCAGCAGCAACCACAGCAACAGUUUCAAUAUCAGCAGCAACCACAGCAACAGCUUCACCAUCAACAUUCACUGCCCCAGCAACCCCAGCAGCUGCAACACCAACAAGACCAGUAUGCAGAGCCACUUAACCAGCAGCAGAGACAGAGGCUGUACCAGCAGCAGCACCAGGCCACGCUCCAGACCUCCGCUGCCCAGGGAGCGCCCUCCAGUCUGGGCCACAGCGCUCUCUACCAGCCCCAGGUUCCUCCACCCUUCAGCCAGGACCAGUACCCAGAGCCACCGCCCCCGGAGGGAGGUGGGAGCAUGCUGACCCAGCUCAGAUCAGUAAAGCUUAAACGGACCCUCACCAACGAUCGCUCCGCCCCUCUCCUGCCCCCUCCGCCCAGUCACAACUAAGGCUGAUUGUUUUGCUUCCCUGCUGGUUGACUCUUUAGUUUAACGGCACCUGAGUGUGUCGGCACAAAUCAAACUCUGACUUCCUGUUGAACAUCAACUGUGGACCGAUCAAUCGCUGGAACUCGACGUGUGUCUUAUUUUAUUUUCUAAAGAUCUGCUUCCUUUUAGUCCGUCUAGAUUUGUUUUAAACAUUUUUUUGAGACUUUCUCUUCAUUUCCUGUUGCUGCAGCGACCGUCUCUCGCCCUUUGUUUUUUUGCAUUUUGAUUGUGGAUAAAGUUUUUGUCUGACCCAGUCUUACCAAUAGAACUGUCGAUUUUUUUUUUAAUGAUCGUUAUUUGGCUUGCUAAUUAGCCAGACAGGAAGCUGUUAGUGUCUCAGAUCCUCUUCAGUCCUGGGUGUGCUUGAUUUGCCUUUUUGCCUAGACUCCCAGACGGGUGGGGUUUAGUGAUUAGUCCUGUAGCUCCAACGUGUCACAUGGUUGAACCAUGGUGAGCGGAGAUUUUAGCUGGCUGUGGGUCAGUGUAUCUGAACAGUGAGUGAUUGGUUUGUUCCUGAUCAUCUCAAAGAGUCAAACACAGCCUGGGACGCUCAUGACUCUGGAAUAAAACUGGCUCUGUAGUUUGUAAAUAUGUGAGAACAAAAACAGCUUUGGGAGCACCUGGGGAGGUCGGAUGUUUCGCUUAACAGCGUGUUGUAAGAGGUCACUUGCUUUCUUUGACCGUACAGAAAUUUGAACUGAAAAUGAGUCAGGAUUUCACCUUUAAGUGGCAGCAGUGCCCAGGGAUGCCAAAUGGUGCCACUGAGGGUUUCUGUUUGUGGAAAAGGAUUAAAAAUGUUACUGUGUGCGAAUGUUUGGUUUACUGUGUAAAUAAUUAGCUGGUUAUGGAGGAAUAAUAACAAGAGGAAGAAGACAGGGAUUUGUCGGCAACUUUUAGAGGCAACAUUGUUUUGGAAGAUGCAGAUUGGCAACAUUAUUGCUGAGAACAUAGCGGGCUAUGAGAAGCAGAACUAUAAAGAGAAGUAGAAGCUGUUGGUGAUGUACAGAUCUGUGACAGUCAGCUGUUAACGGGACACAACGCCAUGUUGGAAGAUGUAUCUGAACCCUCUGCUAACACAGGAAAUAAACUUCUUAGAUAACAUUUAAUCUAAAAAGAGUUUUGAGGCUGACACUUUUAAACAUACGCAGUUAUUUUGAUUUAAAAAUACCUUAAAUUUAGUUGCAUUGUGACUUGUACUGAGUGGAUAAACUAUGUUAAACUGUUUCUGAAUUACUACGUACAUAUUUUUGGUAUGUUUUUGUUACUUAUUGGCUGAAAUAUACAGCGGUACGAAUACAUUAAAUUGCCAAUAAAUAACACGAAAUGUCAGCACAUUACAAAGUUUGUCCAUCAGAGAGCACUGACAGAUUUAUUUUUGCACUGUUUAGGACAUUUCUUGGUCACAAUUCUUACAUAACUGAAUUUAAAGGUUACUUAUCAAAAUAUUUAUGUUAUGUUUUAUAAUAAUAACUUAUACAAUAGUCCAGUAUCAGUCGGGCCCUAAAUGACACUGAUUAACAAUUGUCUUUACAAGUUCUCCACAGAAACAUUUAAUAAUCUUUCCCUGAUCAAAUGACAGUAAAUGUUGUUAAAUGUGAUAAUUAUAAUCUUUUAAUAAUAUAAGGCAGCUGAUGCGUCUCAACUUUAGUUUUAGAGCGAGUGAUCAUUAUCACAUAUUCUUAAAAUUUAAAGAUGGAUAUUUUCAGCUCUAACUUUUGCUUGAAAAAUUACAACUAAUUUAUUGCUGAUUAAUUUUCUGUUGAUCGACUGAUUGUUUUAAUUGUAAUUAUUUAUUUUACCAGUUUAAACAGAUUUUCACAUUUGACAAAACAAAGUUUUUCUCAUGUUUCUGCGGGUUGAUAGAGGAAGCGCUUUUAAAUCUGUUGUCACUAGAGUUGGGUGUCGAGUUCGGUAUUUUUAAAGGUACUGCCCAAAUUACGUCAGUAAUCAAUCGGUGUCAAACUUCAAUAAAAAAGGCACUGAAUAAAUAUAUUUAUCUACAUUUUGCCACCUGGUCGUAGCAGAGUGUGUCAUCUCUGACAGAGCCAAAGAGUAGCUCAUUCUGCUGCAGUCUGUAAUCCCACAGACUCUCCUUUCACUUUGGCCAACAGCUAAAAGUUUGGACUUGUUUUAUUUAAACUAAGACUAAUUUUUUGUUAUUACAGAGAGAGCAAAGUACCAGGAAAAGGUACUGUGGGGUACAGGAAGCGGUAAAAAUGUGAAUGGUACCAAACCCUCAUUGUCACUCCUCCAACAUGGCGCUGUUUCCAUCUUUACUGUAAGAAAUCAAACCUUUGCGUACGCGUCUCCGAUUUACCCUUCAAAGGCAAAAAGUUGUCCCUUUUCUUAAUUUAAAAAGUUCACAUUGAAAGACUGAUAUAUUUAAUAAAGACACAGGUAGAAUUUGAGUGUUUGAAUUCAGCUGAAGGAUCAGUGAAAUUCUGUUAAGUUUACAUUUGAUCUGAAAUCUUGUAACUCAGCAGCUUUAUUUUCUUUAAAUGACAUGAGCAGCCAAUCAGAGUGCAGGACUGUGAGGAGCCGUAGUGUUUGCGUUUAACUUUUAACUUUAAAUUAAACUAUUUAUGUACAGAGUUUGGUCGGGCUCCAGUAGCUGGUUCUAUUUUGGAUCCUGUUCCUAGUUGGUAAAAUAUUUAGGUCUGUUAAUUUGUUCACCUGAAAUUGUCAUAAAUCUCCUCAUCGAUAUUUUAGCUUUUUAUUUUUUAUUUUUAGCUUUUCUCUUUGUUCUUUAUUUCGGCUCAGAUCACACGUACAGUGAUCUCGUUACAGACCUCUGAGUCGCUGCUCAUAUCUCAGAUACUUUCAGUUGAUGUUUUGGUGUUGUGCCCAUUAAUAUAUUUCCAAAAAUUGGGGACGUUAUCUUCUAGAAAAUUAGGAAUGAGCGUGAAUUCAAUCAACACAGCUUUGUAAGUCUCCCUCUCCUGAACAUUAAAACGAUUUCAGACUGAAUAAUGACGUGGUUUAGAUCCGUUAGAAGACGUGUUGCCUCUAAAAGUUGCCCGUCGAGUGUCGACUUCAUACAUGAGCUGUCAGAGCAUGCUGGGAAGCAGGGCCGUAGCUUUCACUGAGGACUGAGGUCAUGCCCUCUGUUAAUGUUUUAAAUGACAUGAGGUGGUGUUUGAUAGAGCUGACACUAAUAACUAUUUUUAUUAUUGAUUGAUGUGGCAAUUUGGGCCAUCAAAUAUCAAGGAGUAGUAAAGAAAAAAACUCCAGAGCCCGAGAUAUAUGUCUCCUCUUAUCAGAUCGACAUUCCAAAACCCAAAGUUUACUUAGAAGACAGCCAGCAAACCAAAAUGUGACAUUUUACGCACACAUUUAUUACACAUAAAAGUCUGGUAGUUUGGUUUGUGGCCUAUCAAACAUUAACGGGUGUGUGGAGCUCUGCCGUAGGGAUUUUGGCUCAGGACCUCAGUAUUUCUUUAAUCCUGGUUACGGCCCUGCUGAGCAGCUGCAUUCUGGGAAAUGUAGUCUUGUCUUUUCUGGUCUGUUCUCAGAGAAGCUUUUGUGUAUUGAGAGAUUUCCUGUCGCUGAAUCAAGUGUUUAUAUUGCUGAUGAGACAGAAAAGCUGCCUUCUGAUGAUUCAAUUGAUUGAUUGAUUGAUUGAUUGGACCCAAUUCGCCCCACAGCAGUUGUGUGUGUGUGUGUGUGUGUAUAUAUUAGUGCUUCUAUUCCCGGGAGAGAUCUAAAUCUAUAUAUAAAAAAUGUAUGUAUACAUAUCCUGAUUGUAUUUUUGUUGAUUUAUGGAUCAGACGGUGUGAUCAGAUGUGACACAUCGGUCGUCACUCGUCAUAUUUUUGUAGAAAAGCUUUAAAGGAGGAAACCCAGUGAACUUCCUGAUGUUUGAGGAUCUGAAGCCUGAUUGGAUGUCCAACUGUCGAGAAGCGGACGAAGGACUAAAUGUAUGGACGACAUGAACCAACAGAAUGUAGAAAUGUUUUUGUCCUUCAUCUUUUGACGUUCGCUGUGGGAUCAAUGAUAAUAAUAAUAAUUGAUUCAUCAA